AUGUGGCCAACCAAUAAUGAUCGAAUUCCAUCGCUCUUUGUUUUUGAUUCAUCGACUCAACCGACAUUAAAACCGACUGAUAUUAAUAAUUUAGAAUCAAUUGACAAUACUUUGGCUUUUCCAAUACAAGAUAAUUGUUCGACAAAAUUAUUGACAUUACUUCGUUCACUUAAUUUAGAGAAAUAUUGGUCAACAUUUGAACGUAAUGAGAUUGACUAUUGUACGUUUCUUUCUAUGACGGAUCAUGAUUUGACUCAAAUCGGUAUUGAAGCUUUUGGAGCUCGUCGUCGUAUGCAACAAGCUAUUGCAGACCAUACUUUGGCCAAUAUCAAUCGAUAUUAA